AACGCUGGCAGUCAAGUGCAGCGGUUGUGUGGUGCGCGUGUUACUUCUACGAAGUGCAUAUACGAAGUAGUGGGUGCCAGUCAACGGCCGGUGUUGUUGGCUACCGUUUGCAAAGUUGUAUGUUACUCGCUUGUUUGCGUGCGACGUGCAUAAUAAUUGAUUCGAUUUUAUUGCUCAUUUACAUGAAAAUCAAAUAAGAGUUCAGUGACGUGUGCGCGUACUUCACUCAGUGAUUUAUUUUUACUGGGUUAAAGCAAAAAAAAAAAAAAAGUUAAUUGCAAACGAAAAAUAAUAAUUAAUUAAAAAUUACAAAAUAAAAUACAAAUUUUCAAAUGAUUUGGAAAACGAAUUUAGUGCUCUUGUUGUUGGCGCUGAUAAGUGCGACGCAGGCGCGUAAUUUGCCACGCGCUGAUCCAACAAGUGAACCGGAUAAAAAAACACCUUGGGAAUUGACGGAAGCGCUUUCGGCUAGCGGAUCCUUACGGAGUUUCAAUGGCAGUUGGAUUAAUGAUCUCGAACUCGCCUACAGAGCAGCGGACGGUUACCUCUAUAAAUAUAAUGUGGCUACGCUGAAUCGUUCUUUACUUUUGCCGCCAGAGAUUUUCGAAGUGUAUCCAUCAGAUCUUACGAUCACUUUCUCGCCAGACAACACAAAAUUGCUGAUACGCUACGAUGUCGAACAACAAUUUAGGCAUUCGGUGAUCGCGAAAUACUCAUUGCUGGAUAUAGACACGAGAAAUGAGACCAAAAUCCAUAAUGGCGAAAAGCUGCAAUUCUGCAGUUGGUCUCCGUCGAAAAAUCGGCUCGCUUACAUCUACGAAAACAAUGUGCACAUACACUACGAAGACGACGAGGAGUUGCAACUUACCACUGAUGGUGUUACCGGCGUAAUUUACAAUGGUAUACCCGAUUGGGUAUACGAGGAGGAGGUGCUCUCCAGCGGUAGCGCUAUGUGGUGGUCGAAGGAUGGCACACACUUGAUCAGCGGCUAUUUCAACGAUGUCGAUGUGAAAACUUUCAAAUAUCAAGUCUACGAAGAUAAAUAUGUGAACAACUCGUUGUUAGAGUAUCAAUAUCCCGAAGAACUCGAUUUGAAAUAUCCCAAGGCCGGCACACCCAAUCCAGUUGUGGGUUUACGUCUAUUCAAUAUAGAUACCAAAGAGUUAGUGCCCGUGAAUAUUACGGCGCCAGUGGAUGUUGUAACGGCAGACCAUAUCAUACAAAACGUUGUAUGGAUCGAUAGUGAACGCAUUUUGUUGGUGUGGCUGAAUCGUCGGCAAAAUUUGGCUUCGCUGCAGGAAUGCACAGUGGCUGGCGUAUGUCGUGAGGUGACGCAGUUGUCCGAGCCCUCCGGUUGGAUUAUGAUAAGCACACCUGUGUGUGAGGCUACCUACUGCACAUUCACCAAUUGGAUUGAUGAUUGGCAACAAGUGUGGAAGUUGGACUUGGCAACGGGCAAGAAUCAAUGGCAAAGUCGUGGUAAUUUCACGGUGUUGAACGCCUAUUACUACGAUGAGGCUGCCGACGAACUGUACUACCAAGCCACCUUGGAGGAUCAACCCUUUCAAAUGCACGUCUUCCGCAACAAUGUAUGCUUGAGUUGUGAGUUGCGCGAUCUUGACAAUAACGUGUGCCGUUCUGCUGGCGCUUCUUUCAGCUCGAACAGCUCGUACUUUGUUUUGAAUUGUAAUGGACCUGGACCAGCCAUUAUACGUAUUUUUGAGACAAAGACUAAUCGUCAAGUUGCUGUCUGGCAAGACAACAGUGAUUUCCACGAAAAAUUCGCCCAGAAAGAGUUUCCAGAUAAUACUUAUUUGAAUGUAACACUGCCUGAUGGUUCCUUUGCCGCCGCCAAACUACAAUUUCCACCAAAUUUGGACGAAUCCAAAAAGUAUCCAAUGAUUGUGUAUGUUUAUGGCGGUCCGAACUCAGUACGUGCUACGAGCGCCUUCACCACUGGCUUUAACUUGUUUAUGACCACAAAUCGUGAGGUCAUCUAUGCACUCAUCGAUGGACGCGGUACCGGAAAUAAGGGCAAAAAAUUACUAUACAGCGUCAAUAACAAUUUAGGCGACUUGGAGGCACAAGAUCAGAUUUUUGUUACAAAAUAUCUACAGAGCUUGUAUACGUUCAUCGACAAAGAACGUGUUGGCAUUUGGGGUUGGAGUUAUGGCGGCUACAUGACGCUCAAAACACUGGAGUACGAUGCGAAUAAUACAUUCCAGUGUGGUGUGAGUGUUGCACCAGUUACCUCAUGGUUGUAUUAUGAUACCAUCUACACUGAACGUUAUAUGGGUUUGCCAACGGAAGAGGAUAAUUUAUAUGGUUAUCUAAAGAGUAGUGUGUUCCGUAAUGAGAUUGACACUUUCAAUGUUCACGAUCUUCUGCUGGUCCACGGCACAGCCGAUGAUAAUGUGCACUAUCAGAACUCACUGUUGUUUGCCAAGAAAUUGCAAGCUGCCAAUAUUUUGUUCGAGGAAAUGUCCUAUACUGAUGAGAAUCACUCGAUUGGCAGCUUUUUACCUCAUCUUUACAAUACAAUUGACAACUUCUUCAUCAGUUGCCUGAAUUUACAUGUUAAAGAUGAUGAUGAGGGCGAGGACGAGAAGAGUAAUUGAUUUCAAUAUAAGACUGGAUUUUCAAUGACCAGAUUGUUCAUAUGACUAAGCAGCAGAAGUAUUAGUUAGAUAAAUUUUUUUCAAUUAACUUUCACAAUAAAUGUUUUUUCAAAGGAUUUGAAAUGAUGA